AUAUAUAUAUUUAGAUUAUUUCGUAGUACAUCCCUCAGUACAUCCUUUAAAAUAGCCAGUUUAUUCAUAGCACGUUAAUUGCAUCAUUUAGCAACUGGAAUCUCCCUCAACUUUUUAAACAAGAACGCCUCACCCAAAUCCCCGCCCCCUCUGCUAGCUGUGCGCAUGCGCAGAAAUGCUGAUCCUCACUGCCUGGAAAGGUUAAUGGGUUUCCAGCUAUUAGCAAUGAGAUCACCACCCACACACAACUGUUAUGAACAGAACUUAAUGACCCUAAUGACCUCAUUAUGCCUCAAUUAGUCUAUCAUUGACAUGUACAUUGACAUUGUUUAAUGACUUUUAGUGAUCACAUUUAUGUUAUAGAAACAAUAUAUAUGUUCAUCAUUUGUAUGUAAAAAGAUAUAGAUGAAAUCAAAUAGUGGCAGGUUGUGGAUUUACACUUUGGAAUGUAAACAACAAUACAUUGUGCAGUUUGUUUGUUUGUUUGUUUUAUAAGUUAAAUGCCGUAAAUACUACAAAAAGAACUUGGCUCGUUUUAAAACAAGCGUUUAACAUUUUAUAAAUGAAAUCUAUAUUCAACUACAAAGAAAAAAGCUUGUCAUAUUUUGAAAGAUUUGUGUAAGACUUUUUUUUCAGGCAGCAUUAAAGCUGUAAAUAAUGUGACUUACUCUUUGUAUUGAAUAAAGUAUCCCACUGGCAGAUUGCCUUGGCCGCCAGAGGGCGCUGCGAAACUGACGGAUGGAUUCCAAAUGGCUUCCUGCACCCUAUAUACACACACUGUAUCUUUUAUGUAAUCAUGGAUUCCACACCCUAUGUAGUGCACUUCUAUAUCAAGUAUCGAGGGAUUUGGGAUCGAUCCAUGGAGUUAACCGGAAUAUGAUGAAUAGCUGCACUCCAGCACAGCUUUACAUCCUCUCACAGUCUGAAGAGGGAGAAAGUGAGAAACCCAGCCCAGCUCCAGCACUGCAGACAUGGCCACUAGCACAGAGACAAUGGUGAAUGACCAGAGUGCCUUUGAGUACGAUUAUGAGACUUUGCGAACCACCGGCGUCAUUCUUGCUGUGGUAAUGUUUGUAACUGGAAUCCUCAUCGCCCUGAUAAUUCAUCGUUUUAUCUACCGACAUUUAAUCUCUUUUUGUCUCUUAUUAGCUCAAGUCCUGUGGAACGGCUUCAGCCCAGCACAACAGAAGUGCCUUCUCAGUCGGUAUAGAGACUGAGAGACUGAGCAUCUGUGUUUGAGGAUGCUCCUAAGAAUGUGAGGAGAGCUGCAUGGGAUCAGAUAACACCUUUUUUUUUUCCACUGGAGUUUAAGGCUUCUUAUUUUCUUUUUUUGUCAUAAUUUGUUCAGUAUUAUCUAUCUAUCUAUCUAUCUAUCUGUCUGUCUGUCUGUCUGUCUAUCUAUCUAUCUAUCUAUCUAUUUAUAUAUUUAUUCCCAGAAUAUUACAUACCAAUAUUCAUAAUUUAAUACAUAAUGUUCAUCACAAAUUGUUUACUAAUACUCCUGCACUAAGAUCAAUAAUGCGCACAAAUAUAACUGUUAAUUAUUGGAAAUAACGUAUGUUGGGCUAUGUUUUUAUUACAGUUCUAAUGCUAUGAAAUUCACGGUGACAUUUAGAGCAUUUCAGCUCCCUUGCUCACUCCCUCCUCCUCUUUCAUUCUCAUGUGCUUCACCUCCUCCACUUUAGCAGCAUGACUCUGUCCUACUUCUGUAUAUCGUAGCAGCGUUUUAAAAGUUCACAACUUUGUCAUACUAACAGCAUCAUUUAAAGGAACUGACCGUAACGUGAUGAUGCAUAAAAAUAUUUGACUAGGCAGAAACUUACUCCUGGCAACCUUCUACCACAGUGCUUCCUACUAUUGAAAUGAAAUGCUUGGAUUCUUAAAUUUAUUUAUGUUUAGCAUGCAAAAAAAAAAAGAAGUAAAGUAAAAGAAUUUUAUUACCUUGACUACAUUUGGCUUGUUAACCUUGUGUCAAUGCAAAAAAAAAAAAAAAAAAAAAAAAUCACAAAAUGUUGAGACACGGCUU